UUCAUCCAUUCCCUAGCGGCCAGCAGCUGAGAGCUGACAGGCCCGCCCCCUGCUGUUCUUACUUUCCUUUCCUUCCUCUCACGCCCGGAUGAUUCUCCUCGUCUUUCUUGUCGUUUCUUCUAUUUGGAUCUCAUACGGCGCGUUUAAACAAAGUUUCCGGCUGUGUCAUUGGCGCAACGAACAUUCAUAUGCACACAAACGGCCAUAACCUGGUUGAGAUACUUUUAAUGUCGGAUAUGUGCUGAGGUUUGGGUAUCUGGGCUUCUGGGAGUUUUACGAUACACGACGUCUUGAUUUUCGUUCAUACGACGAUGCGGCUCGAUGCCUCGAUAUUCGGGAUCUUGGCCUCUUUAGUAGGGUUGGUGGGAGCGGAAAAAGAUACCUCCCGUACUAUCGAUGGACCUAUGCCGGCAGCGACUGUCGGGACGGGGACGGCGACGACGGGGUCUUCCCCGAACUUGGUAAUUCAAGUACCACCUCUUGACAUGCCCGCCAUUUACAAGGCGCAAGCGGUGGAUAAGACCAUAUCUUUCAAUAAGGGGCGAGAUAUUAGAGAGGUCAACAUUAGUGCUAUCUACCUCAAGCGGUUUAGUGACAAGGUCGCCAUUGGGAUGGGAAAGAUGAGCAGUAAAACCGAUACAGGACCAUCCGUAGGCUCCUUGUUAGCUGGUCAGGUAAUAACAGAAAGACAAGAUGAUCAGUCCUCGCUGAUUUCUUUCCCGGCGACUGAUGAAACCCUAACUCUUAAGCUUACGGGUGAUCUUACAGCCACAUACAGCGAUAACCUUAUGCAGCCCUUAUACUACGAGUUCCAAUGGGAGAACAACACGUCUAGUGGUACGAGUUACAGUCCAGUUCUUGCCGUUACCUACGCCGAUAGAUACGGGGAGGCUAUGCGUCUCCUUGAAAAUACCGGCAUGGGUUCAAGCCCGGCAUUUCAGGAAGAAAUAAAGGGAUCUUCAACCGGCCUAGAAAGCUCUGGAAUUACGACAGCCACAGCAACCGCAGCUACCGAGACGUCGAUUCGACCAACUUCAGAGGCGUCCCAUGAGAGUCGAAAGCUGAGUACCGGCGCUAUAGCAGGUAUCACAGUGGGCUGUGCCGUCUUUGUUAUCGCUGUCGUUGUAUUCUUAGUAUGGUUCUUCUGCUUACGGAGGCGCAAUAAAAGCGAGAACGUAGGCGGCACGGAAUUUACAAACGCUUCGGGUUCGCACGCGAUGAUCGCCGAAAAAGAUAUGGUCAAUAUGUCGGAAUCAUCGCCGCGUUCGGUGUACCCGCCUGACCACAGCAGACAGCUACACGAUCAACGUGAUAGCAUAGUACGUUCCGACGACGCCUCUUACGCACCAUACUCAGAUCAGGCACCGUCACCUCCACUGCCUCCAGGUGCGGUAUUUGCUUCGACUAGUCAGUCAGACCUGGCAUCGACUGGCCGCGCGAGCACGACGGGGAACCGCUGCCAGUCCCGUUAUGCGCAUCUCAUCGAAGAGGGCAUGACGGAAGAGGAGAUACGGCGGUUAGAAGAAGAGGAGCAACAUCUGGACGCAGCGAUCGAGGACGCCGGCCGAAAUAGUCGCGCGACGCACCAAUCAUGACGAUGAUUAAACGAUACAUGGGUACCUAGCGAAGUGAUGUUUUGUAGAAUCCUUCGAUGUUUACUUUUUUUCUUCUUUUUUCUUGCAAGCGGUUUCUUUUAGGAGAGGGAGUUCUAUAAUGGGUCCUAUACACUAUAUCACGCUAAUUUUAUGUGUACGUGGAGGUAGCGCAAUGUGUGAAUAGGGCGAAGAGACCUAGCAAAACAUAGCAAUUAACCCACUCCCCCCCUUUCCCCUCUCACGCGUAUGUAUGACUGCUUAGCUCAACUAUACUUUCGUUACUCCCUAUAUACCCAUGUGUAGCAAGUUAGAUGGGAAAGGUUCUGUAUUUCGAAGUGGACUGAACUGGGGAGCGAUGUGUUAUGGCAUGAUCGUACGAGACUCG